AUGGGUGAAGAUUUUGGGACUAUCAAGAAUGGCUCUAUGAAUUUGCGGAAAUUAUUUAAAAACACUGAUUUGGAACCAAAGCUGACUUUUAUCGGUGGCGGUAAGAUGGCAGCUGCUCUCAUCUGUGGUUUUGAAUCUGCUGGUCUCAUAACUAAGGAUGACGUUGCUCUCAGCGUUAAAACAGCAUCAUCCGCACAGCGAUGGAAGCAGCUGGGAUAUGUAAAUGUGUACACGUCUAAUAAUGAUCUAAUUCGGGUUCAUGGUCAAGGAGUUGUUUUUUUGUCUGUAAAACCACAGAUUUACACAGCAGUACUGGAGGAAUUAAACAAUAAAGCAUUUACAAACACCCCAUUAAUUGUCUCUAUUAUGGGUGGAGUUGACGUGAAGACAUUGGAGAGAGAGGUUGCGGUGAAAGGUUAUAUCUCAAAGCGUGGACUGGUGCGUCUGAUGCCCAACCUUCCAGUUACUAUCUGUUCUGGAGCAUCGAUCAUGUGCUCUAGCUCAUACAUGCAGCAAGACAAAAUUGAUUUAAUGAAGUGUAUCAUGCAACAUGUCGGUAUUUGUUUGGUGAUCAGUGAAAAAUCAUUUGAUGCGGCUACAGCAGUUGCAGGAUGUGGACCAGCUUUUGUGUUUAUGGCAAUUGAAGCGCUAUCAGAUGGAGGCGUCCUUGGUGGUGUUGAUCGUACAACUUCAACGAAAUUAGCUGCUCAAACUGUUAUGGGUGCGGCAAGAAUGAUUUUAGAAGUGAGUCAACAUCCGGCUGCUCUAAAAGAUGACGUUUGCUCUGCCGGUGGUAGUACGAUAUAUGGAGUGAAGGAAUUAGAAAAAAAUGGUCUUCGCUCGGCAUUAAUCGAGGCAGUGCAUGCUUCAACAAAACGUUGUUUGGGGCAGGUUUAA